GGAGGAAAGAUGUGACAAAGGCAACCCCGGUCCUCGUUUUUAAAAGCAAUUGCAUCUCUCGGGCCGUCGUGUCUCUUUGGCUCUGCGGAGCUGCUGUCGAGUCAAAAGACAGACUCAUGCCCAAUUAACUAUACACCUGCCUGGCUUUGGGAUUUGCGGUACCAAGAGAUGGACAAUCGAGACACAUGCAACACUCUUUACUAAUAUCGAACCACGUUCUUUUUACACUCUACGGAUCUAUACCCUAUUCGCUCUUUAUACACACCUAGACGGACGAUCUCGACGGAAUGAUACUACCUCGCAGGAUGAUACUACCUCGAACUGAUGACGAUGGGAUUGAUCGGGGGCAACGAGCCCUAGUGGUGACGGCGGUGCUGACAUCGUUGGCUAUUGUGGUUGUUGCGAUGCGAUUAUAUGCGAGACUCGGGCUGAUGAAGAUAAUGGGACGCGAGGACGGCUCUAUUCUGAUCGCUUUGGUUUUCUCAAUUGUCUAUUUAGGGCUGGUUUGUGCUGAGGUGCAUUUCGGCCUCGGCAGACACUCUAACGCCAUCUCCCAUGUUGACUUGAUGCAUCAAUUGAAGUCACUGUGGGCUGCGAUCCCCAUGUAUAACGCCAGUCUCGCUUUCAGCAAAUUUUCCAUUCUUUUCCAAUACUUGCGCAUUUUUCCUGGUCGAAAAUUUAGAUUUGCCUGCUAUUUCAUGAUGGCAGUGGUCGCUACAUAUUCGACCUGGGCGAUUGUCAGCGGCUACGUGAACUGUGUGCCCGUCGCCAAAUUCUGGGACAAGGAUAUCUCUGGCCACUGCCUGAGCUUUGAGGCAGUUUGGUUCUUCAAUGCAUCGAUGAAUAUUGUCACCGAUACGGCCCUGAUGAUUUUGCCGAUGCCGCUUCUAUCGCAACUUCAGCUUCCGCGGGUACAGAAGUUUGCCCUGAUGGGAGUUUUUGCCGUGGGUGUGGUGGUUGUCAUCACGAGUAUUCUGCGUCUUUCCAGUUUGCGAGUCGUCGCUCAGAGCACGGACACAUCUUGGAGCAACGUUGGUGCCGCAUACUGGACUGCCGCCGAAUGCAAUGUCGCCAUCAUCUGUGCCUGUCUGCCCUUCCUUCGACCGCUUAUCAGCAGGAUCUUCCCCAAGCUGCUGUCCACCAAUAGCUACCAACGCCACACCGCAGGCCCAACCACAACCAUGGCCUCCCGAUCUCAGAAACGACACCCAGAGCUAUUCAGUGCGAACCGAGAGUUCGGCAACCAAGAGUUCGGCAUGUGCUCGAUCCAUGCCAAGUCAGACAGCCACGAUCACGGCAACAUCGCUGGCAUUGAAGUCACCACCGAGAUGAUCCAAGAAACGGAGAAGCCCGGGGAGACAAGCAGCGAACGAAGGCUGGUGAUAAACCCAGCAUGA